CCUAGACCUUUCCUACUCACCCUCCCCCGAAAACAAUAACACAACAACAAUGUAGUUUGUUGGCUUACUCCCCGAGUAAGCGAAAACCCGACCCGAGUCAAGUAUGGGCACUGGGCAGGAAAAGUGACGUCACAGUGUAUUGGUUGUUACCUGAGCCUGACUACGCUCCAAAACUGCUUGCAGUGAAUCCAUCCACUUCUGACUUCCGGCCCCUGGCUGGACAGUCAUUGGGCUGAUUUUCAUUCUAGGUAAUGAUUUUGUGCCUCUUUAUACCCAAAGCUACGUAGUACUGAUCUUGGGCUCUUCUCACCGUUUCAACCAUCACCUCAUCCGUUAUGGCAUUCAAAAGCGGCAACAUAGUCCGCGUUUCGUGUCAGAAUUUCCUAACAUUUGAUAAUAUAACAGUAUGGCCCAAACCAUACCUGAACCUGAUUUUGGGUCCCAAUGGCUCUGGAAAAUCAUCAAUAUUAUGCGCAAUAUGUAUUGGAUUAGGGGGAAAGCCAGAGGUAACUGGCCGCUCCAAAAAUCUUGAGAGCUAUGUGAAGAAAGGAAAAGAUUUUGCUACAGUGGAAGUGGAACUUUUUGCUGAAAAUAAACCUAAUGUUGUCAUAAAGCGGGAAUUUGGCAACCAUGUUCGCUGGUACUUGCAAGGGAAGCCAGUUUCAAAAAAAGAGAUUUCCAAUGCUGUGGAGAAUAUGGGCAUACAAAUAGACAACUUGUGCUCAUUUCUACCACAAGAUCGUGUAGCAAAUUUUGCACGUAUGAACGCAAUUCAUUUAUUGGAAGCCACAGAGAAAGCUGUAGGUGACCCUAAACUUUUUGAGUACCAUGACUUGCUUCGUAACAGUGGUUCCAGGAUGCAAGAAGUAAAGUCUAAGGUUCAACAGUUGAAAAAUGAAAUUGACACAUUAGAAAAGCAGAAUGCACGUUUGAAAACCAUGGUGGACAGUGUUCAAGAAAAGAAGAAACUGGAGGAACAAAUAAAGAAGUUGGAGAAACAAAGAAUUUAUCAUCGCUAUGAGAAAAAGAGGCAGAAUACCAUUUCUUUGCGGACUGAAAUUGCUCUGUUAGAUAAGGAGAUUAAACAUGAAAAGAAACUGUUAGACCCUCUGAAUAAGCAGAUUGAAGAAUGUAAAGAAUCCAGUUUACUCCAGAAAAGGGCAUUACAUACUAAGAUUGCAAAAUCUCACGAAGCCCUUCAAAAGGUUAAAGAUCUUCGCACACAAGAAGAUAAAUUGUCAGAAGAUAUAAAAGCAACAGUCUUUGAUUUCAAUACCAAAAAAGAAGCAGCACAGCAGCAGAGGAUGGACCUUGAAAAUUUCAGAAGACAAUUGGAUGUUUUAGAAAGGCAAUUUGAGUCUUUACCUGCUGCUGAUGAAGAAGAGAUCCGUAGAAAGUUGCAGGCACUAACUCAGGAUGUUUCUUCUGGGUCAACUAAGCUAGGAGAUAUUUGCAAUGAAAAAGAUGAAUUAAUUGCAGAAAAUCAAGACACUAAAAGGCAGAUGAAAAAUUAUCAGGCUCGGGUAGAAGCUGCUCAGGAUGUGACACAACAGCGAUUUGAACUUCUGCGACAAAAGAAUGUUGAUGCCUUCAAAGCAGCAAAAUGGCUUAAGGAUAAUGAAAAUAAGUUUUCUUCUCCAUUUUACAUGCCGAUUUGUAUUUUGAUAAACUUAAGAGAUCCAGCAUUUGCUGAUUUUGUAGAAAGUACAAUUAGCCAGAGUGAUCUUGUAGCUUUCGUUUUUGAAGAUAAGGACGAUAUGAAUAAAUUCAAGUCAAUGAUGGACAGAUUGAAAUUGAGAGUCAAUAUUAUACAUUCUGUCCCUACUGAGUUGUCAUCAUACAGGCCACCUUUUCCAUUGAAUGUAAUAAGGAAGUUGGGAUUUGAUACUUACAUGUCAGAUGUAAUAGAUGCACCACCUGCUGUGCUUUCCUAUUUGCACAAAACUUACUCCAUUCAUAGUAUACCUAUUGCAAGAAAAGAAAAUAUAGAAUAUGAUGCUUUGCCAGAUAAAGUAUCACUCUUUUUCAUGGGUAAAUUAAGAGUACAUCGUAGUCGUUCACGAUAUGAUAAUGAGCCUAUUACGGAAAGUUCAACAGUGCGAGAGGGAUCAUUACUGAAAAUUAUUUAUGACCAAGGGCUUAUCCACCAUUGUAAGCAAGAGAUCCUAAAAUGCCAGGAAAGGCAUGCAGCUAAUGAAAAAAAGAUUGAAGAACUGAAAAAUGAGGAGAGAUCUCUAAGUUCAAAAUUAGAAACCUGGAGAAAUAACAAGCAGGCGCUCAUGUGCCGUGAACAGGAAAGAAUUCAACUGCAGAAAAGGAUCACUAUGAAACGUGAUCAAGUCAAGAAGUGUGAAAACCAAAAAUUUAACGAAACUGAAGAGGAAACAAAGAUGCAGGCUAAGUUAUUAAAAAUGUUCAAAUCAAGACUAACUUGUUUGAAGGAGGCUGCAGAUUUUGUUACUGAUAACACUCUUGAAGAUUAUUAUAAAACAAUAGGUCACAAGAAAUCCAUAGAACUAUAUGUAAAGAAUAUGGAGGAUAUAAUUGAUCACAAAGGAGAAAAAUUGAAAACACUGGAGCAAGACAGGCUGCUUAAAGAAGAAGAAAGGUUAACGUUGAGGAAUGAAGCUAAGGAUCUUUUGGCUCAGUUGUGUAGUGCAUUGCAAGUGAAGACCUAUGAUGGAAUAUCACGUGAGCUAAUAGGAGAAUUCUCUCAAAUGACAGAUGAAGAAACUGACAAUCAGCUUUGUGACUUGAAAGCAAGACGAGACUGUCUUAAUACAGCAGAUGAACAGGAAAUCAGAGAUUACAAUGACCGUGAAGCGACCAUAUUAACACUGCGUCAGAAGUUAAAAAGUUUGCAAGACAAAAAUUUCCAGCAACAUGAUGAACUAGAGAAAGUUCGUUCUAAGUGGCUGCCAUCUGUAACUGAACUUGUACAAAACAUAAGUUCAAGCUUUACGAGCUUCAUGCAACGUUUGGGUUGUUCUGGAGAAGUGGACUUGAUUCAUGAUGCUGAAGAUGACUAUAGUAAAUAUGGUAUAGCAAUAUUAGUUAAAUUCCGUGGAACAGAUAAACUUCGCAUUUUAACAGCUCAGCAUCAGUCUGGAGGAGAACGGGCGUUAGCUACUGCACUUUACAUGCUCUCUCUUCAGAAUCUGACGUCUGUUCCUUUUAGAUGUGUCGAUGAAAUUAAUCAGGGCAUGGAUCCAGUGAAUGAGCGUAUGAUGCUUUCAAUGUUGAUAGAAACAGCAGCAAGAGAAGAAUCGAGUCAGUACUUCUUUGUUUCCCCUAAGCUUUUGCAAGGAAUGAAGUACAGCAGUCGCGUGAACACUAUAAUAGUGUACAAUGGAUUCGUGAAUGAUCCGAAGUUGCAGAUGUCGGUUAAAGACUUGAUAAAACUGAAAAAAAAGAAGAGUAAGGGCAGUUCAGAUAUGUAAUCAUUACAUCAGCAUUGAGUUUAUUUUGAUGGAAAUUACAGGCCAACCCUGUAAUCAGUGUAUUCCAAUAUGAUGUUAUUUGUUUUCAGUGUUUGAACUUGUCACAUUACUGUAUUGAGUUAUUUUGUUGGAAAUUACAGGCCAACCCUGUAAUCAGUGUAUUCCAAUAUGAUGUCAUUUUGUCCAUGAAAAAAGUUAACUUUUUGAUCGUGAAUGAUUGAUGUACUUUUAUAAUUAAAUUGACAGUAUUAUUUUCACUAUGUUUCUAAGAAUGCUACCAAAUA